AUGGUAUCUUCCUUGGCCGUGGCCAGCACUGCUGCCAGCAUCGUCCUCUCCACGCACUUUUGGUGGAUCUUACGCAAGAGGGGCUCAGACUACUCGGAUGCCUUGAGCUUUCUGACACAACCGCGAGAUGUCGCCACCAAAUCCGCGCGCCUCUACGCUCAGAAGGCUCGCAUCAAACUUUUCAACAUUGUGAGCAGAAUUUGCAUCCAGUCAACCCUGGCUUGUGCGAUUUUGGUUUCAAUGUUAUCGGUCAACAUCUGCGGCACAGGCGAGCUUCAGCUGUUGAUGCUGAUUCUCAUGUACACCGGAUGCCUGGCAGUGGCAUCCGAAGUUGUCUCACUCACGCCAGGGUCCUGCGACGCAGUGGCAGCUUUGGGGCAUGUCUUGCUUCUAGCAUUGGCAGUGUGUCCGGCUUCAGAUGCCGAUGUCUUCGUGGGAGGUGCUCGUGCACUGCUUCGGGCACUCUGUGGUAUUCUGUUUCUGAAUGCAAGAAAAGCAUUAUCUGCAAACUUGGCCAUGAGCGGUGCCUACGUCGUGAGCAAGGCGAUUUCAACCAACAGCUCUGGGUGCAGCAUCUUCGCCGCGGCUUGUUCGGAGGCGGUCUGCGUCGUGCAGGUGAUGCUUGUGCACAUUCUGGUACAGAAGCUCGUAGAAGAAAGCGCUUCACUUCGCAUUGAAAGCGUGGAAGUGGCUGGCAAAUCACAGGCUCGGAAAAACUUACUUUCAGUUCUGGUGGAUGCCGACGUCAUGCUGGACUCAAGCUUGUGUGUUUGUCAGCCCAGCAACAAGGCUGAGCAUUUCUUUGGACCAGAGCUGGAUCCGAGUGAAACAUCUGUAGGAGGACUUAAGCUUUACCAAUUCGUGGCAGAGGCGGACCAGUCCAAGCUCAAAGAGUUCCUCAAUCGAGCUACCCUCAACACUGUCAACGAUGGCGCCGACGUUCUCAGCGAGAGCUCUAUUUCACUUCAAGGUGGAGGAAGUCCGGCCUCUUCCUUGUCAAUCCAGCUGGGAAAGUCUGGUCGGGUGGUGCAGAUCUUCCAUGCGAGCGUGCCUGCGGCAGACUUUGCACUGGGUUCGCAACCGCAGCCGCGACAUCUCGUUGGUAUCCAAGAGUCUUUCAGCAUGUCUCGGCACGACUUCCGCGAAGUACCGGCUCUGGAUGUGCCAAUGGAUAACAGCACUGAUGCCGAGCUGAUGUAUCUGUCGACUCAAAACCUAGCUGCGCAGCAACAAAGCUUUGAGUCUCGACAGAAGCGGCCGCCUAGCACUGGAUCCAGAGGUUCGAGAGAUUCCCACGGGUCGAAAUCUGCAAGUUCCGCUUCGUCCCUGCGCUCCUCCGUUGCGGGCCUCCCAGAGGUCGGCUCCAUUUCCUUCAUCUUCAAUGGCUACUCCGAAGGUCUCGACAUCGUUGAGGCAAUACUGCGCUUCGAUACCUUGCACGGAAAGGACGAACCGGCGAGGGUCCCCGAAAUGAAGCACUGGAUUCGCAGCAAGUGCUGGGACGAUUUCAGGAACUGGGUGCAAAUGGAAACACAGCGUUGCUGUGCUGGCGUGGCUGUUGAAGAAGUGCGAUCCUUUGAGGGGCCUCUGGAAUUCUAUUACCCUGGUCAGCCAGACAUGACCUUAGUUUCUGGCAGUGUCAACGUCGUACGCAUCCAGGGCGAUGGAGACAGUGAUGACGAGGAGGGAGAAGAAGAGGAUCCAGUCUGUGACCCCGAAAUGUCCAGCAGCGGCCGGCGGGUGGCCAUGGCCGAACGGACCGUGACCAGUGGCUCUGAACAGGCAGGAUCUCAGUCCGCAGACAGCUUGGGUGGGAAUGCCAGCCCAUUGGAUCAAAGUGAAGAUGAAGCACAAGUGCAGGUGUAUGACAACCCUUUCAUCGACGGAGACGUGAACGAGGAGGUGGAUGCUCUCUUGGUGGAGGUGGAGUGCAAGGCCUUCUCACAGUACCGAAGCCUGAACAACAAGUCGCGCAAGUCUAAACGAUACGGGCAUCUACGGCGCCAGCCGCCCCUCGAACCCAGUUUGGAUGCGAUUGAGGAGGGACCUUAG